UAAAAUUCACGGCGCACAAAUUGAACCUUGAUUUUAACACUUUUUAAUUAUUUUUAAAAUGGGAAUUUACUUAUCACACCCUAAUAUUAAUAAAGAUUCUUUAGACAUUGACUAUGAAAAUUAUAUUUGUGGUUACUCAUCGAUGCAGGGAUGGAGAAGUUCUCAAGAGGAUGCACAUAAUAUGAUACCUGACUAUGAAAAGGAUGAGUCCUUAUUUGCAGUAUAUGAUGGCCACGGAGGCUCUGAGGUAGCCAAAUACACAGCUCUACAUUUUCCUGAAUUUUUACAAAAGUUAAAAAAAGACUAUAGUGAUUAUAAGAAUAUGGAAUGUUUUUUACAAAAAGCAUUUUUAAUGUUUGAUUCUAAAUUAAAAAAUCCUGACAUUGAAAGAGAACUUAAAAAAUUAGCAGAACUUUCAGAAGGUGAACUAGAAUUGGCUAGCAACAAAUCUGAAAAUGACAACUUAGAAAAUAUUAAUGGUAGUGGUGAUAUACAGAAUCCACAAAAUUUAAAACUAAAAUUUAAAAAGCUCAAUAAUGUACCAUAUGUCAUAUCUCCAAUGAUUUCAAAAAAAAAAAAUUUUGAUAUUAUUAAUAGCAAAACAUCAUUAGAUCACACUAAGGAAACACCCUUAAAUGGUGUUGAAUAUUGUAGUACCCCUAUAAAAAAUAACCUAUAUAAAAUAUCACAAAAUCUUAAUAUAAUGUCUGAUACAAUUAGUCAGGAUAUUGAUACUUCAAAAUGUGACCAGCCUGGUCCUUCAUCAUUAUCAAAUAAUUAUUCAAUAUCUGAGUCAGAAAUAUCACUUGAAAAAGAUGAAGCUUUAAUUUUGAAAGAAGAAGCAAAUAUUCCUGUUGAAAAUUUGAUAGAAAAAUAUGGAGAAAUUAUUGUAGAAGUUAAACCUACAACUACCCCAUCAUCAAAUAUUCCUUUCUCACCAUUGUUUUCUGACCACACAAGGGCAUUGUUAGAUUUACCUAUAGAUAAUGUAAACAAAGAUGAUGGAGAAGAAGAUACAAGUGAUGAUGACUUUCAGGCAACUUUUUAUUCUUCUGAUGAUUCUGCAGUUGACAUAAACAAAAAGGAUAGUGAAACAUCAACCUCCAGUUCUGAGGAAGAGCCCAUAGAGGAAGACACAACCCAGGAAGUCGAAUCAAAGACAUCUAUUAGAUGUCAACAGCGAAAAGAAGGAGAGAUAGAAACCAAAGUUGUAGAAUGUAAAGACGUUAAAAAGGUUUGCAAAUUAUCACGAGAGGAAUCCAUUUUAAAACCUCGGGGUACCAAGAGAAAGAAAGUAAAGGAGGCCAAGAAUGUAGAAAAAAUUCUCAAACAUGACGACAAUACUACUGAUAUACUAGAUGCUCAUCCAAAUGAAAAUGGGGAUUUAAUUGACCAAGUGGAUAAUAUCAAAUCUGAAAUAAAGUCGGAAAUAACUGAAAAUUUGGAGAAUAAAACAAAAAUCUCUGAAACUCAAGAGCAUUCUUCAAAAAAUGUGACGGAAAAGCUAAACGACUAUGAACAAGAACUUGAUGAAGAUGACGAGGAUGAAGAUGCUGGCGAGGAGGAAGAUGAUGACAUGAUAGGGGAUGAUGAAGAAGCAUCAGAGGAAAGACGGAAUUUAUUGUCUAAUUUCAUGGAAAAUUCUAAUCAAAAGCCUGGCUAUGAUUCCGGAUGUACAGCAGUAGUUGCUCUUCUUAAGAAAAAUGAUUUAUACGUAGCUAAUAUAGGAGAUUCAAGAUGUGUUAUAAGCUGUGAAGGGAAGGCUCAUGAGAUGUCCCUAGAUCAUAAACCAGAGGAUGAUCUAGAGCGUAAACGAAUAGAAAACGCAGGAGGAGUUGUUACGGAAGAUGGGAGGGUAAAUGAAGGUCUUAAUCUAUCAAGGGCUUUUGGUGAUCACAACUACAAAGGUGAAAAGGAAUUGACCGACAAAGAACAAAUGAUCACAGCUUUUCCCGAUGUUAAACACGUUAAAAUUACGAACAAACAUGAUUUCAUAGUAUUAGCCUGUGACGGAAUAUGGAACUCGAUGUCUAGUCAAGAAGUUGUUGAUUUUAUCGAUGAACGAAAGGAUAAAUAUAUUAAUAACCCAUCCAAGAUCUGCGAAGAAUUAUUUGAUAAUUGUUUGGCUCCAAAUACCGGAGGAGAUGGGACCGGGUGCGAUAAUAUGACCUGUGUUAUAGUGCUUUUGAAGAAAGAGUAUUUUACCGAAUAAUAUUUCUUGUAAUUCUAAAUUAAUUAAUUAUCAAUGCCUAAUUAUCUUAUUAUAUUUUGUUGAAAUUUUACAUAGAUAAUGAACUGUUGUAGAAUCAAAUUUACUUUUAUA